AUGGAUGACAAAACAGUGAUACUGACCACAGUAAACGAAGCAUUCGCGGCGCCGAACUCGCUCCUCGACCUCUUCCUCGAGAGCUUUCGCAUCGGGGAAGGGAUCGAACAUCUCCUCGACCGCUUGAUCGUCGUGGCGAUGGACUUGAAGGCGUUCGAUCGGUGCACGUCGGUGCACCCUCACUGCUUCUUCCACAGGAUAAAUGGCACCGACUUCACCUCCGAGAAGGUGUUCAUGACCCGAGACUACAUCGAGAUCGUCUGGAGCAAGAUCAGGCUUCAGCGGCGAAUCCUCGAGCUAGGGUACAAUUUUCUCUUCACGGUACGUGUAUUAUUUUUAUGGUUCAGAGAUCCGCGCCGUCACAUCAGCAUCGACGCCGACCUCACGACGGCGAGCGACCGGUUCUUCGGGAACCCCGACAGUCUCCGUAACUGGCCUAACACCGGUUUGUUCUACGUAAAAUCGACCGAAAAGACCGUCGCAAUGCUCAGGAAAUGGGACGAGGCGCGGGCGCAGUUUCCGCCGAACCACGAGCAGAAUGUGUUCGAUCGGAUCAAGGGUGAGCUCGUCGGCUGGCUCGGAGUGAAGAUCCGGUUCGUCGACACCGCGUUCUGGGGCGGAUUCUGCGAGUACGGAAACGAUCUGAACAAGAUCUGCACCAUGCACGCGAAUUGCUGCGUCAUUCUCUGGAAAAAGCUGCAGGAUCUGAGAGGCAUUCUGGAAGAAUGGAAAAAAUUUACAUCUCUAUCACCAGAAGAGAAAAGAAGAGGAAUUGUUACAUGGUGGGUUCCAGGUAGUUGCAUUCGUUAA